ACCAAUCAGAACGUGGCAAGUCAGACAAAUUGUAGACCCGAGAAGGCGUCAACGCUGCGAUUAGCGACGCGUUUAUUAGCUGGUAAGAAACCACAAAGCCGAAAGGCCCACCUGCGGUGAUAAAUUGAGAUUGAACCGGGCUCUUUGAAUUGGAUGACAUUUAAACAAAUACAGAACCAAAUUGUCAAAUCGGUGCUUAUUACCAACGAGGCCUAACCGUCUUCCGACAAUGAGCAAGACUGCGUUGCUGCUCAUUGUGCUCCUCGCCGUUGCCCACUUGACGAUUGUAUGCCGAUGUGAAGAUGAAGAAUACGAGGAUGGGGAGGACGACAGCGACGAAGAGGAGGGAGGUGACGAGGAGGACGACACUGAAGUCAAAGAGGAGAAUGGAGUGCUGGUUCUUACCGAUGGCAACUUUGACACGUUCAUGGAGGGCAAAGACACCGUGCUCAUUGAGUUCUAUGCGCCAUGGUGCGGCCACUGUAAACAGUUUGCACCAGAGUACGAGAAGAUUGCGCAGACCCUAAAGGAGAACGAUCCCCCCAUCCCAGUGGCGAAAGUGGAUGCCACCGAGGCCAAGGACCUGGGGAGCAGGUUCGAGGUGUCGGGCUAUCCCACCAUCAAGAUCUUGAAGAGAGGCCAGCCUGUGGACUACGAUGGAGACCGGACGCAGAAGGCUAUCGUGGCCCGUGUCCAAGAGAUCGCGCACCCUGACUGGAAGCCUCCACCUGAGGCCACGCUGGUGCUGACCAAGGACAACUUUGAUGAGACGGUCAACAACGCCGACAUCAUCCUGGUGGAGUUUUACGCUCCGUGGUGUGGACACUGCAAGCGUUUGGCUCCCGAGUACGAGAAGGCAGCCAAGGAGUUAAGCCGGCGCUCGCCGCCCAUCCCCCUGGCCAAAGUGGACGCCACGGUGGAGAACGAGGUGGCCUCCCGCUUCGACGUCAGCGGCUACCCCACCCUCAAGAUCUUCAGGAAGGGCAAAGCGUUUGAGUACAACGGGCCCAGAGAGCAGCACGGUAGGCGGCGUCGGCGCCGCACGCCGACGAUGUCGACUCGCGCUCAGUCGCCGCUUUGCCUCCUUGCCCCCGCAGGCAUCGUGGACUACAUGAGCGAGCAGGCGGGGCCUCCCUCCAAGCAGGUGCAGGCCGCCAAACAAGUGCAGGAGCUUCUGAAAGACGGCGACGACGUGGUCAUCGUUGGCAUCUUCUCCAGCGAGCGGGAUGCGGCGUACGAGACCUACAUCGAGGCUUGCAACUCGCUCAGGGAAGACUUCACCUUCCGUCACACCUUCAGCGCCGAGCUGGCCAAGCUGCUCAAAGCCUCGCCCGGUCACGUGGUCGUCACUCAGCCAGAAAGGUUCCGCUCCAAAUAUGAGCCGGCCUCCCACGCUCUCCUGGUCCAGGACUCCACAUCGGUGUCGGAUUUGCAAGAGUUCUUCAAGAAGCACGCGAACCCUUUGGUGGGCCACAGAAAGCCGAGCAACGAUGCCAAGCGCUACGCUAAAAGGCCGCUCGUCGUUGUGUACUACGGAGUCGACUUUAGCUUCGACUACAGGAAAGCCACACAGUUCUGGAGAUCCAAGGUGCUGGAAGUGGCCCGGGAGCACCCCGAGUACACGUUUGCCAUCGGUGAUGAGGAAGACUACGCGGAGGAGCUGAAGAGCCUGGGCCUCAGCGAGAGCGGCGAGGAAGUCAACGUCGGCAUUCUGGCCGAGGGCGGUAAAAAGUUCGCCAUGGAGCCCGACGAGUUUGACUCUGACGUGCUGAGGGAAUUUGUUAUGGCUUUCAAAAAGGGAAAGCUGCAGCCCAUCAUCAAGUCGCAGCCCGUGCCCAAAAACAACAAAGGAGCGGUGAAGGUCGUGGUGGGAAAGACCUUCGACGAGAUCGUCAUGGACCCCCAGAAGGACGUCCUCAUCGAGUUUUACGCGCCUUGGUGCGGACACUGUAAAAAACUGGAGCCCGAGUUCUUGGCCCUGGGCAAGAAAUACAAAGCCGAGAAGAACUUGGUGAUCGCCAAGAUGGACGCCACCGCUAACGACGUUCCAAACGACGAGUACAAAGUGGAAGGCUUCCCCACGAUAUACUUGGCCCCGAGCGACGGGAAACACAAGCCCGUCAAAUUUGAAAGCGGCGACAGAACAGUGGAUGCCUUGAGUCAAUUCUUGGAAGAGCACGCCACAAAGUUGACACACGCACGAGAUGAGCUUUGAGAAGAUCACGUACGGACUGCGACGGUUCGGGGGACAUGCGGAAGUGUUACUGAGUUGCCGUGACGAUGACCGAGUUCAUCCAACAUUUUCGUUCAUUCUUUCAUUUGU